GUUACAAGGUCUCCGCGGAUCCUUAAAAAGUAUUAAAACGUCUUAAAUAAAAUAUACGUUUUUUAAGGUCUUAAUGUAUUAAAAUCAAAUUUUUGAAAAGUGGCAUUAAAUUUCAUCUGGGCAGAAUGAAAGAAAGAUAUCGGAAAAAACAAUUUUCCAUGCUAACGUAAUUUCACCAGCGCACGUCCCUGUCUAAAGACAGAAAAAAGUAAGUAGCGUGUGCCUAUAGCACAGGCAUCAUACUUCAUUUAGGGGGCAGUGUUUUCCCCGUAGGCCUGUCAUAGAAACAGACGAAGAAGUGUUUCAGCUAUGAGCGUGACAGACGCAAGCCAAGAUGGGGAAGUGUAGGUUUAAUGAUAACUGGCUCGAUGAUGAGAAAUAUCGCGGCUGGUUACAAAAAAUGUCGGAAUACGAAGUGCGGUGCAGACUUUGCAAAAAGAUGAUACAAUUGGGAACAAUGGGCUGCAGAGCCCUUGAUGCACAUAUGAAAGGGGAGAAGCACAAGCGCUAUGCCGACAGUCAGGCAUCAACUGUCCCCAUUCAGUUGUUUGCAGAAUCGGUAUCUACUUCAAAGGCUAACGUUACACCCGCGUUGGUGUCUUUGGGUCCCAGUACAAGUAAUGCCUUCGGUACAUUCUCCCCAACCACUACACUGAAGGCCGAAAUGCUGUGGGUUUUGCACACGAUUAGCCGACAUCACUCCUAUACGUCCAAUGAAGCACCGUCUUCAGGGCAAUGUUCCCUGACUCGGAAUGUGCAAAAACAUUUAGUUGUGGCAAGGACAAAACCUCUUAUCUUGCUUGAUUUGGACUUGUUCCGUACAUAAAAAGGGAACUUCUGUCAAGUGUGAAUCAAGGCAGCUUCGUUCUCAUGUUUGACGAAAGUAUGAAUAGGACCACCAAAAGCAAACAACUGGAUUUGCAUGUCAGGUAUUGGGCGAAUGACGAGAAUGGUUCUCGAGUGCAGUCCCGGUAUCUGGGAUCACAGUAUAUGGGUCACUCCACUGCUGAAGACUUACUGGAAAAGUUCAAGGAAUGUGCAAAGGAACUAAAUCUCAGGAAUAUGCUCUCCUUGUCAAUGGAUGGACCGUAUGUCAAUUGGAAAUUUGUGAAUCUCCUGCAAAAAGAGCAUGCUGAGCAAUUUGCUGGGACACAAAUUGAAAUUGUCUGAAGCUGUGGUUUACACACCCUUCAUAAUGCAUUUAAGGGUGGUUUUGAAUUGUGGAUGGUGGAAAAAGUGCUUAAAGCACUUCAUUUUCUCUUCCACUGCGCACCAGCCAGAAGAGAUUUCGCUUCUGCAACAGCAACCUCAAAAUUCCCCUUGCCUUUCUGUGGGCAUAGGUGGUUAGAAAAUUUGCCUGCUGUAGAAAGAGCUUUCGAAGUUUGGCCCGCCAUUGUGAAGUAUGUAGACCUUGUGAAGUCAAAGAAGGUGAAGAAUCCAGGGACAUCAUCAUUUGACAGCAUUUGUGAAGCCCAAAUGGAUCCCCUUCUACUGGCCAAAUUCCAUUUUUUCAUGUCGGUAUCACGAGCCUUUCAGCCAUUUCUGGCGAAAUAUCAGACGGAUGUGCCUAUGAUGCCCUUCCUUUGGGAGGACUUGGAAAAUUUGAUCCGGAAUCUCCUUAAACGCUUUAUCAAGCGAGAUGCCCUGCCUCUCACUCCGUACAAACUUGUUAGGCUUGAUAUUACGGAUCAAAAACUCUGGCUGAGUCCAAAGGAAGUGGACAUUGGAAUGGGUGCAACAGCUGUCAUCAAGGAGCUGUCAGGGGCCAAAGGCAGAGUUAGUGACCAUGGUCUGCUUCAGUUCAGAAAAGACUGCCAGAUUGUUCUUUCGAACAUCUGCAAGAAGGCGCUGGAUAAGUGCCCUCUGAAGUAUUCCAUUGUGCACAAUAUGAUGUGUUUGGACCCAAAGAAAAUGCACUCAAAGCCAGAUGACUGUCUGCAGAAGAUAAAAGCACUAAUCCAGAAGUUUGUGCAGGACAAAUAAGAAUGGAUAAGAUAAUAAGA